AUGAAGAAUUUGACGAGGGAGCUGAUGUCCAAGAAGCUGAGUUUUGACCAGACCUACAAGCGGCUGAAGGAAGUGCAGCCGGAUGAUCCCCUGGAACGGUACGGCCUCACUUUCCAGCAGUUCGAUGCCCUACUUGGCAAGCAUCAGAAUGAUCCCAAGGUGAAGGAGGGCAUCCAUCACAUCAUGGGAAUGCCCGCGAAGACGGACAGCCCUCAAGAGGUGCCUGUUGUCUCAGCCGACAAGGUCAUCGAGGUUCAUAAGUUCAUGCUCGAGGAGGUGGAAAAGCUGGUUGAGCAGUUUAAGACACUGAAGAACCAGGCGACCUACGACAGCAAGACGGUCACGCUCACUGCACAGGCUAUGGUUGGUGCCAAGGUCGAAGAGAAGUUCGAUCUAACUUCAGAAGACAUUGAGCGUGCGGUGGUCCGCUACCACGAGGAGCUGGCCACGAACAAGGAGUUCGCAAGUGUGAACAUGCAAAUGCAAAAGGCAAUGUCCUACCUCAUGGGUGCAGAGAAAGCCUGA